AAUAUCUGUAUAUAGUAAUUAUAAUAGUAUCGGUAUCCUCGCUGUGUUACAAAGCGUUUCUCGACGAACGAUCUACUGCAUGUGUUUAUCCAUUUGGCAUGAAGGUUAGUUAAGUCUGCAUGACGGCGCACAGUGAACCGCACGAGAUCGGCUCGUUUUCCUGGAGCACCGCGCCAUCUGUGCAGCAUCUACUCUAUCACGACGACCGCAGUGGUCUAAGGGAGCUGCAUCGUCGCGGCCGACCGGGACAGACCCUGGUUGAGGAACUGUUUAUUCCGCUCGAUAAGGGGCGCCCAACCGAAUCAAUCCAAAAGAAUCCCGGGCCCGGUUUGGAGCUGUUGCUACACUGGAUGCAGCGUCAUCCCCACAGUGUCGUUAAACAUUCGUGCCAUGCAACGAUCAUCUGCUGGCGUGACGUUCUACACAAAGUUAUAGUGACACCAUACGAGAGACUGAAAGGCUGGAUAAUUUACGCAUGCAACGUCGAUGGCCAAAUCUACCUGUCUCUCAAGGAACCGGGCCUUACUGCAGCCCGGAGUGGUCAAUCCCGAGAUGCUCACUGGCAGCGCAGUUUCCAGCAUUACAUGACCAGUCCACCGCAGCGUCCCGAAUCUCUCCCGGCAUCUCCCUCCACCCGGCAUUUUUGCUCCGUAACCAGCACAACAGUCGGUAGCACGACGGUAAUUUCCGGUGGCGUGGUGGUCUGCUUCGAUCCCGGCAAACUGCACAUUUCUCCGCCGCAGUGCUACGUCCAGUUGCAUAUCGAGCAGCGAGCGGAUGAAGAGAAUCUCUGGCGCAAACUGUGGGACCAUAGUAUGCGCUCCAUAUGGGCGGAAUGCUUUCUGUCCGGCACACCAAAGGUCAUCAUCGGCUACCAUGACCAGCUGGGACAUGUGUCCAUGACAGAGGAACUGCGGACGGCCAAAAUUCCGGCUUUGACGAAAUGCCACAAACAAAAAGAAAACACCUGGUCGGACUCCGUGUGUCUGGGCUAUCUGCGGACCUUUGCAGAUUUGGUGACGCAGACGGUUACCGACGACUACAAUGAAGCGACAUACACAUUCGAAUGGGAUGCCGUCAAGAGCGAUACCAUCACUGUGGAGCGGUUACCUAACGAAUCUCAACACCGGUUCCUACCGGCGUGGUAUCUGGCGCAACCGCCUUCGCCACCGGCAAAUCAUUAAUAAUCAAUUAGCUAGGAACAAUUCUUAUCGUGGCGCUUGGAAGCCGAAAUAUAUUAUUUUCUUCUAACCUGGCUGCCCAGCGUUGAAUCUACUGAGUGAGAUUCUGCUUCAUUGUAUCACAAUGCUGCCCAAUGUUUUCUCUUUAUUUCCCUUUACACGAAGUUCACAGAUUUUUUCGAAUUAACCGCAUUUACCGAGUCCCCCGUCUUCCAUACGCAUUUUUACAAAUAAAA